AUGCCAUUCAAAGUUCGUAUUUCAAAAUUUCGUCAUGUAUAUGGUUCACCAUAUCGUGAACAAGAUUGUUAUAAAAAUAUUUCUAUAACACGUAAUGCACAUGAUGGUAGUUUUUGUGCUGUUAAUUCGAAAUUUUUAGCAAUUGUAACUGAAACAUCAGGUGGUGGAAGUUUUCUUGUUUUACUUCUUUCAGAGGUGGGUCGUAUCGACGUUGAUCAUCCACGUAUAAGAGGUCAUCGUGCACCUGUUGUUGAUCUUAAAUUUAAUCCAUUUAAUGAUCAUGAAAUAGCUUCAUGUUCAGAUGAUGGAACAGUUAAAGUAUGGUCUAUACCCAAUGAUGGUUUAAAUACUGAUAUAUUUCAAUGGAAAGUUGAUUUACAUGGACAUCAAAGACGUGUUGAUUAUAUUGAAUGGCAUCCAACAGCUGAAAAUCUUAUAUUAAGUGCUGGUUCUGAUCAUCAAGUUAUUUUAUGGAAUGUUGAAAGAGCUGAACCUAUACAAAUUUAUCGUUGUCAUCCAGAUGUUAUACAAUCAGUUACAUGGAAUCGUAAUGGCACACUAUUUGCAACGACUUGUAAAGAUAAACAGAUACGUGUUAUUGAAGCUCGUACAGGCCAAAUUAUUGCUAAAGGAAUUGGUCAUCCAGGUCCAAAAGUAUCAAAAGUUGUGUUUUUAGGCGAUACAAAUCGUCUUCUAUCAACAGGUUUUGGCAAACAAUUUGAAAGACAAGUAGCCGUAUGGAAUGCUAAUGAUUUAUCAAAAGCAUUAACAAUUGAAACAAUCGAUUUUGGUGCCGGUGCUCUUAUUCCAUUUUAUGAUCAUGAUACACGAACAGUUUAUUUAGCUGGAAAAGGUGAUGGAAAUAUUCGAUAUUAUGAAUUAACUGAUCAAGGUGAACCGUAUUUAUAUUUUCUUUCGGAAUAUAAAUCAACAACACCACAAAGAUGUCUUGGUAUAAUGCCAAAAACUGGUCUUGAUGUAACUCGAAAUGAAAUCAUGAGAUUUUAUAAAUUAUUCGCAACUGGAUCUAUGUGUGAACCUAUAUCUAUGAUUGUUCCAAGACGAGCUGAAACAUUUCAAUUUGAUAUCUAUCCGGAUACUUCUGGUUCAUACCCUGCUUUAUCACCAGACGAAUGGACAUCUGGUAUUGAUCGUGAUCCAAUACUUGUCUCAAUGAAAAAUUUUCAAGAUGAAUCAAAUAUGCCUCAAAUAACUACAUAUCGAACAUAUGAUUCUAUAUCUACUUUUUCACAUCGUGGAACAUCACAAAGAAUUAGUCAAUUACCUAUAGCAGAAGUUGCACCUAUCCCGAAACAUAAUGCAAAUAAUCAAUCAUCUGAUGACAUACAACAACAAACAGGUCAUCAAAAUUUAAGAAAAACUGAAUCAGUAAAUACAACAGAUACAGAAUUGAAUAAUAUUCGAGAUAAAUUGCAAAAUUCAACACAAUUAAUUCAACAUAAUUUUGAAAUGAAGAAAAAAGUUAUGAACAUCGAUACAAACGAAUAUUAUUCAUCUAUUCCGAAUGAAAUAUAUGGAGUUGAUUAUCGUCAUGAAUAUCUUAAACAACAAGAAGAAAUUGAAUCAUUACGUGAACUUAUAUUUAUAAAAGAUCAUCGAAUUCGUUUACUCGAAGAUGAAUUAUGUUUAAUAAAAACUCAAUGCGAUAAACAAGAUCAUAAAUUUAUUAGAUGA